AUGCCUGAGUUUCUUGCUUCUGGAAUCGAACUGGGAUUUUCUGGAAGUUCCGCCCCAAGUACACGGUGCACGUCAGAUCAUUUUCAAAAAAGCCGUGUGGAGGUUAUGGAUGAUAAGCCCAGUCCUGGACCGCUGAGUGAGACUUCAGAAUUUCUCUUCUCCUUUGGAGUUAUAGCAGAUAUUCAGUAUGCUGACUUAGAAGAUGGCUAUAAUUUCCAAGGAAACAGACGGCGAUACUACAGACACAGUCUGCUCCACUUACAAGGUGCUAUCGAGCACUGGAAUACAGAAGGCAGCCCGCCCCGCUGUGUACUUCAGCUUGGAGACAUCAUUGACGGAUAUAACGCGCAGUAUAAAGCCUCUGAAAAGUCGCUGGAACUUGUUAUGAACACAUUCCAGAUGCUUAAAGUUCCCGUUCAUCAUACAUGGGGGAACCACGAGUUCUAUAACUUCAGCAGAAACUACUUAACAAAUUCUAAACUUAACACAAAGUUUCUGGAAGACCAGAUUGUGCACCAUCCCGAGACCGUGCCUUCAGAGAACUACUAUGCUUAUCAUUUUGUACCGUUCCCUCAAUUCCGGUUCAUCUUACUGGAUGCUUACGACUUGAGCGUCUUGGGCGUGGAUCAGUCCUCUGCAAAAUACCAGCAGUGUCUGAAGAUACUGAAGGGUCACAAUCCAAACUCGGAAUUGAAUAGUCCUCAAGGACUGUCUGAGCCCCAGUUUGUCCAGUUCAAUGGAGGAUUCAGCCAAGAGCAGCUGAACUGGUUGAACGAAGUCCUCACCUUCUCGGACACAAACCAGGAAAAGGUGGUGAUUGUGAGCCAUCUUCCCAUUUACCCAGAGGCCUCGGACAGUGUGUGCCUGGCCUGGAAUUACAGAGACGCGCUGGCCGUCAUUUGGUCCCACAGGUGUGUCGUGUGUUUCUUCGCCGGUCACACUCACGAUGGUGGCUACUCCGAGGAUCCUUUUGGUGUGCACCACGUCAACCUAGAAGGGGUUAUAGAGACGGCGCCGGACAGCCAGGCUUUUGGCACCGUUUAUGUCUACCCUGACAAGAUGAUGUUGAAAGGGAGGGGCAGGGUUCCGGACAGGAUCAUGAAUUAUAAGAGGGAGAACGCCUUCCGGUGUUAG